AUCUUUCCACUUUACCAAAAGUCGUUCCAUCCUUUCAAUUUUAGUUUGCUCACGGCAUGGUACCUUCUCGUUUAGAUCGACCAAUGUUCACUUCAACUCCUUCCUUUAAGCCAUACACUGUAUUAUUCACAUUGUUUCCGGUCAGCAUUAUAAUACCUGUCUACACAACAGAAUAUACGAGUACAAAGUAAUGAUAACAACAAAAUUACACAACAGAGUUUCAUUUUCUAAUCUUACGCUUCAAACAGUCUGGCUAUCCUCUUCCUCUGAACCGAUAUUCAUAGCCAUAGUACUAUAGCAGCCAAUCAUUAUUAGAUUCUGAAACUAAGAAUGGCUUCUCUCUUUCCACAAAAUGGAGUUAAUAAUUCCGACAAAGGUCUUCAAUACGAACAAAUCCAAAUACUCCAGCUAAUGCCCCUCUUAGUAACGUUUGUAUACAACAGCGAGUUCGGCAACGUAUUGCUUCUCAACAAAAGCAAUCGAAAACAUGUACAACGCUGCAACAUGACAUCUGCAUUCUACAAUGCUCCCCAACCUCUUGAAAAAAUACGAAGUUGGAACCCCAUGAAAUAUGAUAAGGUGGGAUUCGAGGCUAUACACCCAAACAGUCCUGAAUAUACACUGGACGGGAAUCAUCAUCAAAACGCUCAGCUCAUACCCACACAUCUUAUUUUUCCCUACAACGCACUGAUGCCUGCACGUGAAGAUUUCUUGCGAAUGACGGAGGUGGUCGUGAGGUUUCAAGAUCAUGGUGAUAUGAGCUCGGUAGCAGCAACGACAGGACGCUGGUCGGAAGCCCAUGGGGUUCUUAUUUUUCGCCACGACUUAAAUAUCUCGAUGUAUCGGAAUGGGAUCAACUGGCGAUAUUGUCGGAAUGUGGUUCCUACGUCUAUUAUAGGUCUCUAUCGUUGGAGCCGUAAAGGAGCUACGGAGCUCACGAGCAAUAGGAUUUGAAACAUUGGAUUUGUUCUAUACUUCAUUGUUUUUAGAGAGUUAGCGGUACUAUCGAAAGUGGACUCUUGAGCCAGUGAUGAUGUUGGUGUAUCGAUCACAUCGAUUACAUUUUUAUUCCAGCGGACAAAAAGUCUCCUUUACAUUUACCAAUUAAAUGGCAUGUGAACUCGCUUUUGAUCCAUUUACUAUCUAAUCUGCAAACAUGAAACAAUCGAAACCAGAACAGAAUCCGGCCAACCAUAGAGCAAAAAACUCUCCGUAAUACGAUACUCUCGCAGAACCAUACAGUCCCGCAUCCAACUGUCAAAUACUUCUUUGCAUUGAGUGCUCAUCAAGCUCCAAAUAGCUUUAUUCUUAUAAACUUAAUGCAUUUCAAUGACCAAUCUCCUCAUCAUCUCUUACCUUUUUGUCUGUACUCUCAAACAUUCCAUUAUAUAUUU